GAAGACGAGCCCAUACUGGGGAAAGAUGGCGUUUGAGAAGAGCAAUGCUGCAGCUAUGUCGGGGCUCCGAGGUGUCCGCUCUGGGAAGACUGGGGCAUUAUGCCGAUGUGUCAGCUUGUACCUGCUUUUGGGGUGGCUCCCAGUCUCUCUGGUCCAGGCUGAUAUAACAGACGGCAACGCCGAACACUUAAAGCGGGAGCACUCGCUCAUCAAACCAUACCAGGGUGUGGGGACAAGUUCAACUCCUCUCUGGGAUUUCGGAGGCAGCACGCUGUUGACCAGCCAGUAUGUCAGACUGACCCCUGAUGAGAGAAGCAAACAGGGGUCCAUUUGGAACAGAGUGCCGUGUUUCCUGAAGGACUGGGAGUUACAUGUCCAGUUCAAAAUCCAUGGGUCAGGAAGGAAGAAUCUGCAUGGAGAUGGAAUUGGCAUCUGGUACACAAAAGAGAAGCUGCAACCUGGGUCUGUCUUUGGAAGCCAGGAUCAUUUCGUUGGACUGGGCAUUUUUGUGGAUACUUUCCGCAAUGAUCUCCAAGGAAUGGAUCGUUCAUUCCCUUAUAUAUCUGCCAUGGUAAAUAAUGGAUCCCUGGUUUAUGACCACGGGAAGGACGGGCGCCCGACUGAGCUGGGGGGGUGUUCAGCAGAGGUGCGUAACCAGGACCACGAUACCUACCUGGCCGUUCGCUACUCCAAGGGCAGGCUGACGGUUAUGAUUGAUGUUGAAGACCGCAACGAAUGGAAGGAAUGCUUCGAUGUCGCAGGAGUUCGACUCCCCACUGGAUACUUAUUUGGGGCCUCUGCAGCUACAGGUGACCUUGCAGAUAACCAUGACAUCCUCUCAAUGAAGGUGUACCAGCUGAUGGUGGACCACACCCCUGAGGAGGACAGCAUGGACUGGACCAAAAUAGAGCCCAGUGUCAGCCUGCUCAAAUCACCCAAAGACAACAUCGAUGACCCGACUGGUAAUUUCCGAAGCACCCCUCUGACUGGGUGGAAGGUGUUCCUGCUGCUGCUCUGCGCUUUGCUUGGCAUCAUCGUGUGCGCGGUGGUGGGCGCCGUCGUCUUCCAGAAACGCCAGGAGAGAAACAAGCGUUUUUAUUGAACGGGAAAACGGAACGCAAUCAAAUCGGUGUGAUUUGUUUAACAUUGUUUUCUAACGUUCAUAUGGUAGGACAUGCUGUGUUAAACAGCCUUCGUGACAUCAUAAAGAAAGAAUCGGCGAGAAUCUGGGUCUAAACAAGCAUAACGUUUUCCCUUCUUUUUUACUUUUAAUAUGAACCAAAAAAAAUUACAAAAAAUGUCUUUGCUAAACAAAAUGUGUUUGUUCAGUGUAGUACAGUUAACUGAAAUGCACAGCCUCUUCAUUUCAGCUAGGUAUCUCUUUAAUUUCUUCAUACCAAUGAUGUUCUGACUAGUUUAAAAUUAUUUUCUUUGUAAUUGUUUCCUUGUUGUGUGCUCUGUCUUUCGUUUUGCUUACAGAUGUGUGAACACUUUCAAAACUCAUUUAAGCAUUCUCUGUGCGCAUCGUUUUCAGACGCGCAGCACAGAAACAAAUUCGCAAAGCUGGUUACAAGAGCCUGGGGGAGGUGCAUGUUUGGUACAGAUUCGGUGUGUGUGUGUGUGUGUGUGUGUGUGUGUGUGUGUGUGUGUGUGUGAUGACCAUGUUCUUGUUCACGUUGCCUUUUGCAACCCACGUUUCAAAGCCCAUGUUCUUGACCAUCGUUUCAAAUAUUCAUUCGUCUUCCAAUGUGAAAUCAAACAAGUUUUCUCCAAGACAUCAAUCUUGCCUAGCUGUUCAAAAAGAAACGCACAGUGAGGCAGCUGUACUAGUUUAUCUGAACAGCAAAAUAAAAUUGGUAAAACAAGUUCAAGGUAAUGAGUGUUUUUUUUUUCUGUACUGAAGGUAAAUGAUAAUGCAGUCUUCAGAUCGAUAGUUCACUAUGAUUUAUUGAGCAAACAUAUCUGAACUUGCAAAAUCAUUUAAACUUUAAUACAGCUCACCAUUAGCAGACCAUAUGUUCUUUUGUAAAAUAAAAUACUGUUUUGUAAUGCAGUCGGUAUAUUUAAUCUUAACACAUGUUCCUCUGUUAACUUGAUUAGCAUUUCUUUAAAGCCAGGAUGAGUUGCUGAAAAGCUGUGCCAGUUAUAGGGGCACCAUGUUUCUAUGGUAAUUAGUUGAAUUGUCUGUAGAGAAAGGAGACGUGUUGACCUUUUAAUGUUUCAGUGUACGUUAAUAUCAUCCUUUGUCAGCUUAGUUUAUAGUAAAAGUUCAAAGACAGAACAUGUGUAUCUGAUGGUGGAAGGGUAUUAGUUCUCUGCGUGGGAUUUUCCUCAACAGGAAAUUAUUGGAAGUCCUUACAGAAGAGGAGAGCUAUACAUUUCUGUUAAAAAAAUUUCAGGGCUGAAAAUGAAGAGUGUGUACUUUUUAAGUAUUUGAAUGCAUUCAAGUUGUGCUAAAAGGUGUUUUUCAUUGUAUUGUGGAAACUAAUCAAUUGCAUGUUGUUAAUCAUCAUUUAGCCAGUGCUUGGCGUCAUAUUCCAGUGCAGAAGAGCUGCAAACCAUCUGCUGGUUUCACAGUCCCUGAUUAGCACUAUUCUUGGAUUGCCUUACCUGAAAUAACAUUAGGGUGUCCAAGACUAGUGCUACUCAAUGUCUGUGAAACCAGCCUUGUAUCACAUUAUCCCUGUAAACCUGAGAUGCUAUUAUUGCACCAGAUGCUGUUUUAUCACCCCACUUCACCAUACAAACUGAACUAAAUACAUUUCCAUGAAAUUAAAUUGGCCCUAGUGAAUGCACGAGUAAUAAUAAUAAUAAUAAUACAUUUAAAGGAGUCAUUGUAAAAUGGAUUGGACUGUCACAUGUGGGGCUGAUUUCCACAGCGAGCAUUGCAUGCAAUGGAUUGUGAUUUACUUGCAUGUCUUGAAUGUAUGCAUACUCUGCAGGAUUAUUACAACCUUGCACUGUCUUUCAGUGUUUGCUAAAGUUGAUCUGGACAACAGAGGCAGCCAUUGCAUGUAUUCAGUGGUCUGGCAGCCUGCUCGAUUUCACUUCUUAAACUAUUUAGCGAGAGAUUCUAAACAGCCCAGCCCUCUUGGUAAAUAUUGCAGUUUUGUAUUUUAUGUUGCUGUUUUGUUGUGGUUGAUUAUCCUUUCUUGUUUCUCCCCCAUGAUCAUUUGUUCAUUUUGAGCCAUGAAGAGAAGGAUGAAAAGUGUGUGCUCAUCCAAACUUUAAUGCAAUGGGACGUGGACUUUGUGUGUGGUCCUGGAGUAAUUAAAGCAGUUUAAAUG